GGUAGGCAACAUUAUCAAAGCGCAAUAGGAACUUGUUUAGGUGGUUGUCAUAGGAACCAUUCUCGCUUUCGAGAGUUUUCUAAUAGAAACAGGAAAUAAAAAGAAUAUUCUGUACAUUCUUUUGUGGUAAACGCAUAGUAGAUUGCUUUUCUUAAAAAAUAAAUAUCUUCUUUGGGAAGACGUAUCUGUUUGUACGGUUACACCAGUUUGGUUACGGUCUUGGAAAUCUUCCUGGCACGUACUUCAAACUCGUUCAAACAGCGUCGGGGUUAUAGAAGUGAGUCAAUAUGGUCAAACUACUAAUUAAGAAAGGAGACCAAAACCAAUUUCUGUAUGAAACUACUGUUAAUAUUUCUAUAAAUGAAUUAAUGGAGGAUACUGUUGCAAUAUAUAAUGGACGUUUGAAGAUAAGUCGGAUUUGUUCAGAGAUGGGACAACUUUGUGAUCAUGGGACAUUGCUACCUCCUAACAUAAUGGGACUCACGGAUGAGCAAGUUGAGGAAUUGAAGUUGAUAGAUGAGUGGGGAGAAAAGUGUAUUCCCAGUGGUGGUUGGACAUUCAAUAAGGAUCCUAUUGGAAGAAGAAAUGGCAAACAACCUAACGAAAAAAUGCAAGAAGUUCUUAAAAAAACUAUUGAGGAAGCAAAAGCAAUGGUUUCAAAGAAACAAGUGGAUGCAAAUGUUUGUGUGACUCAAAAAAUGAUCCACCAUGCCUUAGAUAUAUUGCGAGGAGCAGUGAUGAUAGUAUAUCCCAUGGGACUUCCACCUCAUGAUGUUAUUCGUCAGGAGUUUGAAAACACUGAAGAUUUAAGUGGUACUCAUGCAUCUCUUGAGGUAAUUGAAAUGAGUGAAGCUCAGCUGUGGUUUAGUGGCAAGGAGCUCCUGCGAGGUAAGAAGCUUGUCGACUUUAUUGGCAAGAAUGAGAAGACCAAAAUCAUUGUCAAAAUUCAGAAACAAGGACAUGGAGCACCUGCCCGUGAGCCCGUUGUUUCUGAGGAAGAAAAAAAGGCGUGGAUGCUUCAUGCUUAUCGUCGCCAGGAAGAAUUGAAGUUGACCAAUGAAUUGUGUGACUUGAACCUGAACUCUAGAUGACAAGCCAAGAUCUUGCAACGUCUUCUGACCUUUCUUGUGUAAUCUUGUUUCUUGAGAGAAAUGAGGAUUAGUUGGCAACUUUACAGAAUAUUUUCUUUAUAAUGCUAAGGAUGUUAUACCCGAGCCAGGGAAGAGAAUGGAAAAAAAUAACUAAAUGAUGUUCUUUUGGAUGAUUUCAACAUCCUACUUAAAAACUUUUACAUGCUAAUGCAUUUUAUUUAAUUGGUGUAAGCAAAUAAGCUUGAUAUUCUCCAUUUGGAAUAUUCGUAUGAGAAUAUGAAAUUUGAUUUUAGUGUUUUUUGAAUGACCAUUGUGCAUCUUGUAAUGUUGAACUGUGCCCUUAAAAUUAAAUUUAAUAGCUAUAUCUCUUUAAUAUGUACUUCAAAGAAGACAAGAAUUUGUACAUGCAAAUACAUCUGGAAAUAGAUAAAAAGUUCCUACUAUAUUUUAGUCAUAAAGUCCUCUAAACAUUAUCUUUUUUCCACAGAAAUAGCAACCUUAUUGUCCUUUAUAUAUUCAGAUGCAAAAAGUAGACAAAUUUCUCAUUAGCUAUUUUUGUCGUUCAGUGAAUUAAAUAUACUCAUUAAUUCCAUGAAAAAUUGUUGAAGAUCACUAAAUUAAUUGAAUGUAAGCAAUUAAAGCUCCACCAUGCAAUUAAAACUCCACAACUACCAACCAAUCAGAAUUCAGAAAAAAGAUCAAAAUCGUUUAAUUAUUAAGUUGCUAUAAUACAGACGUGGUCAAAAUAUUUCCAGUUGGUCAUGAAAUGUGAACAAAAAUGUACUUCACAGAUUAUGUACCUGCUUUGACUACACAAAUAAUGAAUAUAACGAAGUUGGUGAAGUGUUGGUUUAACACUGGCUGAAUAAUGGAAUAACAUAAAAUAUAUAACACAAAUAAAUUAAAUGU